ACUUUUUAUGCUGUGCGAGUGCGCAAUAACUGCAGCCCUACCUACUCUCUCCCUUUCCCCCCUACUUGACAAAUGCCAAGUACUGUACUCUACUCCCUCUCAACUUCCAUCCACUUUUCCUUCUCACUCUUCUUAAAUGCUUUUUCACAUCCUAUUUCUUCUCUACUUAUACUCCUCUCCUCCCCUCUUAUCCAAACUAAUCACAACAUGACAUCUAGUCUUCUCACUUUUCUCUUCUCCUUCUUCCUAAUCUCCGCCACCCUCUCCCUUGCAACCCGACCCCAACCUGAUGCUGGGCCUGGCGGAUUCUUGGGUCCCGGAGGCGGGUUCAACAUACCGGGGUUUGGGCCGGGUUUCGGUGGAGGGUAUGGAUCAGGGUAUGGGGGCCCGUCUGGAGGCCACUCUAAACAUGGCAUAAUAAGGACUUCUUUUGUGUGCAGUGAGAAGGGCCCGUGUUACAAGAAGAAGCUGACGUGUCCGGCCAGGUGUUUCAGCUCUUACGGCCGCUCUGGCAAGGGGUACGGUUACGGCGGCGGAGGUGGCGGGUGCACUAUGGAUUGCAAGAAGAAAUGCACUGCUUACUGCUGAGGAGCUCAUCGGCUUCUUAAGAACAUCUAUAUAUAGAUGGUGAUGGUUUCCAUCAUUACCACUACUACUACGGUACUGCUCUGUCUGUCUCUCUCUCUUUCUCUAUAUAUACACAAAAAAGUUAGGAUGUGAGAUGUGGGGAUGUGGUUUCCAGUUUUCCACUGUAAAAAAUGUUGCUUUGAGUUUAGUUCUAUGAACAAACUUAUGCAGCAGAAUUUGGGUUCUACAGCUGUUCCUGUAACAUGGGCUGUAAUAAUAUGAUGAUGAUCCUAUUCCUAUAUCAGUAUCAACACUUAUUCCACUUUA